AAUUAAACAUCUGUAAUGGUUUCGUUCACGUUUUCGUUUGCGAGAAAUGGACAGACAGCAGUGUAAUUCACUUCAAAACUUUGACGAUCCGAAUACAGAAAUUUUAAAAAAGAGAUUAUUGAAGGGAACAAGCACUUCCGCGAGUACAAAUUUAUCUCAGAACAACUCGCAGCACAAUGUGCUGUUGAAUGCGUUGCGCGCGCCAACAUCGAGCAGUAUGAUCGUGUCCUCAGUGCAGGCACCGCAGAGCUCAAUGCCUAUUACUCAUAAUUUAGUGACCCAUUCCAUCGCUCCCGUGAAAAUUCACGCAAACAACUCACCAUAUCCACUUCAGCUGUCCACUGUUCACGUGCCGGUGCAAAUACCAGGCUCCACGUCCAAUAUAAAUGUCCCAGUGCAACUUUCGGGCGCGACGAGUGGUGUUCCAUUGCAGAUAGCCCCGGUAAGUCUGCCCCUGCAAGUGUCCGGUACCACUAGUAUACCUGUACAGUUGCCCGCUGGAGAGACUAUCAAUGUUCCCUUGCAAAUACCAUCUGGUAACCAAAACAUUCAACUACCAACUUUGCCAUCUAUGCCCCUCUUACAAAACCCCACACAGCCUCUCCACAAUUCAAUUUUUCAUGUUCACAUGGGCUCAAAUCCCCGACCUACUAAUAUUGACGGUAGUGUAGAAAUGAACAUGUCUAAUUCUGCACAGCUUCAGCUCACAGAUACUGUUAAAAUGAGCAAUCCCACCUCAAUGUCGCAAGUACAAGUUGGACCUAACACAAGUGUCAUGCAAAUUCCCAACUCGUCAAAUAAUCCGAUUCAACUGACUCUACCGAACGCUGGAAAUACUGGAGGAGUACAAUUAAGAGGGGCGCCUAGAUCGAUGCCUUCAGUUUUGUACAUACAGACACAAGGAGGACUGAAGGCAAUGUCUAGCGCGGAAGUCAUUAGCCAGGCUAGUACGAGUGGCAAUCCACCGCAGAUUAUUGUCAGGCGACCUAACACAAACAACACGAACAUUCAUUUAAUUUCGAACGUGGCACCGAAACCAAACAUAGCGCCGAAAUUAUCAACACAAAAGUCCUCAAUACUAGCGCCGGCCAACACCGCUCAGCCCAUAGUUAUACAAAAGCCUAAAACUAACGACAAGAUGAUGGUACCGGUCAGUAUCGCCCCCGGCGCGACGGGCAAACAAGCCAUAGCGUACUUGAGUUCUGUAAAAAAACCAGCAAACACAAAAAACAUUACGGAAAAUCAAUCGAUAUUAAUAUCAAGUAAUCAAACAAACGUCAAUUCUAACAACCAAAAGUUGUAUAUAACGCCGAUGAUGCCAAAAAUACCGAACACGAAAUUCAUCGUGCCUGUGACUUUACCGGCCACCAUGGCAUCUAAAGGACCGAUUAUAAACCUUCAAAUAGCCAACGGUCAGAUCCAAAACGACCCACAAGGGAACAUCACAGUGAUGAGGGACACGAAUCCAAUGGAGGCUUCUGAAAUGCCACCGCUACAACCUCUAGCCAAGAUCGUGGUUAUGAACGGGAAGGAUGGUUGUGGUUCUAACACAAACAAUACUAAAGGAGAGAAGGCUUUUGCUGUAUCGAUAACGGGAUCACGAGCCGAGCCUACCGGCGAACAGGGAGAGUAUACACUUUCUAUACCAGAAACAAAUGCCUCAAUGAACGAUGACGUGUACACCGUGUCGAUAGCGGACGAUGAGGGUGGCCAGAUACAAGAGAAGUCCUUCACUCUCGCUAUUCCGGAAAAGGGUAAAAGUCUGCUCAAUAGGAAUGUCAUUGACAGAAAUGACAUGGGUCCCGUCACGAUAGCGGCUCCGGCGAUAUUACGUCGAUCGAAUUCAGAUAACAGUGAGAGAAAGAUCGCUAACGCUAACAUAAAGCGACGCAUCUCGCUGUGCACGGAGAACUUCUCGAACAAGAACGUCAAAUUAGCUCUGUCUCAACCGAGAAUGAACAAGUCUAAUGAAAACGUAGACGCGAACGACGACCACCGAGUGCCGUCACUGUUCUGUGACGAGAAACUAGACAAAGACCUAGAAGCAAAAGUUAACAACGGAGAUUUGGAUGCCGAGGAGUACAAAGAGAAGAACGAAAUUAAACCACUUGAUAUCGUUUACCUUUCUCAGAAUGAUGGUUACGAUAUGAAAGAGGAGGUUAACGGGAGAGAUGGGGUCGAUUUGAAAUUAGAGGAAGAUCCGCCGGGAUUGAUAUGGAAUAAUGGAAUCGCACAACUCAGGGGCAGCAACCUCCAGUUCCAGACUAAUGAAUUUGGUCUCAUUGACUUAAUAGAUGACACCAAUCAAAAUUUAUUACCCAAUUCCGGUGUUAAAUACCACACGCCACUAAAACAGCGUAUCGAAAGAAGCAGAGAUAAAAAACCCAAUUCGCCGGAAGAUUUGUACCGUUGCGACGGAUGCGGUUGUCACGGAAUGGCGGCGGAGUUUAUCACGCCCAACUUCUGUAGUGUCACGUGUCAGAGCGAAGUACAAAAGGUGACUCAAAAGAAAAAGGACAAAGAGAGGGCGGAGCUCGCUAAGAAGCGAAAUAAAAUGAAGAAACUGCUCAUGCGCAAGCAACACUCCGAUUCAGAUUCGAUCUUAGAUAAAGAAGAUAAGAUUCCGUUGAAGCAUUACGAUUCAACGCCAGCCGAUAGUGCGAUAUCAGAAGCGGCGUUAAUGAAAAUGAGCGAGGAUAUGGUAGAGAACGAAAAGUAUCCGUGGAUGUGUGGAAAAAAUGGGUUCUCGUGGAUGCGGUAUCUGGACGUUUGUAAAGCGAAGGCGGCGCCAGUCAAACUAUUCAAAGAUCCGUUUCCUUAUAAUAAGAACGGCUUUAAAGUUGGUAUGAGACUGGAGGCCAUCGAUCCUCAACACCCGUCUAUAUUCUGUGUGGUGUCGGUGGCAGAGGUGCAGGGGUAUCGGAUGAGGCUGCACUUCGACGAGUACUCAGACGUGUAUGAUUUUUGGGUGAAUGCCGACUCUAUAGAUAUUUUCCCCCCGGGCUGCCAGAAUGAGCUGGUCUGUGUGGCCACCGUGGCCGAUAUGCUGGACCAUCGGCUUCUUAUAACUUUUGACAGCUGGGACGAUGUGUACGACUACUGGGUGGAUCCCACCUCCCCCUACAUCCACCCCGUGGGCUGGGCUGAGGUCAACGGCCUAAUGCUGACACCUCCAAACUAUUACAAGGAUCCCGACUCGUUCUCGUGGGAGAGCUACCUCGCGGAGACGAUGUCGACGGCGGCGCCGCCGCGCGCCUUCAAGACGCGGCCUCCUGUUGGAUUCAAGCCCGGCAUGAAACUAGAAGUCGUCGACCGUAGAGUACCAUUCCUGAUACGUGUAGCGACGGUGAGCGCGGUGAAGGGUCACCAGGUGCGCGUGUCGUUCGACGGCUGGCCCGAGGCACUGGCCACCUGGCUGGACGACGACUCGCCCGACCUACACCCCGUGGGCUGGUGUCUCAAGACCGGACACCCCCUUGAACCCCCUCUCACGGCGGAGGAGCUCCGCAUCCAGGGCCCGUGCGGCGUGGGCGGCUGUCGCGGCCUGGGCUCGGCGCGGGGCGGCGCGCACAAGCAGCACGGCGCCGCGUCCGCCUGCCCCUACCGCCCCGCCACGGCACUAAACAAACCCAAAUCGAUAGCAACGAGUACACCGAACGGAGAUGUUCCGAAAGAAAAACCACAGCGAGGCAGACCUCCGAAGCAUAAAAGAGUUGAAGAAGUCGCUAAAAGUGAACCGGUAUCAGACGACGAAUCCAUAUCGAGUAGCGGUGGAAAACGGUGGCGCGGUUGUGGAAGUGAUGACAACCGCGCAGUGCGGUCCGUGACCGCGCAACACUCGCCCGCAGUACACUCGCCCGCGCAGCAUUCAUCCUCAGUACACUCGCCCGCGCCGCCGCCCCCCCAGCGUGCACUAAUCGCGCGCCAUAUAGCGGACCUCGAGCUCUCAUCCGACCCCGGCUCCUGGACUCAGAGGGAGGUGUCGGCGCUGGUGGCGCGGCUGGCGGGCGCGGGCGCGGGCGCGGCGGCGGCGGCGGCGCGGCUGUCGGGCGCCGAGCUGCUCAUGGCGUCCUGCGAGGAGCUGGUGCUGUGCCUGCGCCUGCGCCUCGGGCCCGCCGUCAAGGUGUACGCCGCCGUGCGCCACCUGCGCGACCAGCUCUCCUGA